GGGAGGAGGGUGGAAAGAAGAGGCGGCCCGGGACUGCCUGCUUCCCCACACGCAGUCAAUACCGUCCUGUCAGCGGCGGCGGCGCCGCCUGCCCGCGCUUUCCCUCUUCCCCCCACAGACACGCGCGCACGUCUGUAUUCCUCUAGGAGAGACACCCGGGCGCGCCUCUCUCUCUCCCCGUCCUCGCUCGCCUCAGCGCCAGGCCCGCCGCGACUCCUCCGCGCUCGGCUCGGCUCGGCCCGGCCCGGCCGCCGCCUCCUGCAUGUAUUUGCUGCCCUCAGCCCCGCCGCCUGAGCAGCCGCCUCAGCCCCCUCGACAGACGCCCAGGCUGCUGGAUGCAGACUAAUAGGGAUGCCAAAGGAAAAAUAUGAUCCUCCAGAUCCUCGCAGAAUUUACACCAUCAUGUCAGCAGAGGAGGUAGCCAAUGGGAAGAAGUCCCAUUGGGCAGAAUUGGAAAUCUCGGGCAGAGUGCGGAGCUUAAGUCCGUCUCUUUGGUCACUAACACACUUGACUGCUCUCCACCUCAAUGACAACUAUCUGACUCGCAUUCCACCUGAUAUUGCCAAGCUUCAUAAUCUGGUUUACUUGGAUCUCUCAUCCAACAAACUCAGAAGUUUACCAGCAGAACUAGGAAACAUGGUAUCUCUCAGGGAAUUGCUUUUAAACAACAAUUUGUUACGAGUUUUGCCUUAUGAACUUGGACGGCUCUUCCAGCUACAAACACUAGGUUUGAAAGGCAAUCCUUUAUCACAAGAUAUUCUCAGCCUGUACCAGGACUCAGAUGGAACACGGAAGUUACUGAACUACAUGCUUGACAAUCUAGCAGUUCAUCCAGAGCAGCUGCCUCCAAGGCCAUGGAUUACAUUGAAAGAGCGAGACCAAAUUCUGCCCUCCGCUUCUUUUACAGUCAUGUGUUAUAAUGUGUUGUGUGAUAAAUACGCCACCCGACAGCUCUAUGGCUACUGUCCAUCAUGGGCAUUAAAUUGGGAAUACAGAAAAAAGGGAAUCAUGGAAGAAAUUGUGAACUGGGAUGCAGAUAUCAUUAGUCUUCAGGAAGUAGAAACUGAGCAAUACUUCACCCUCUUUCUGCCAGCAUUAAAAGAGCGUGGAUAUGAUGGAUUUUUUUCUCCAAAGUCACGUGCCAAAAUCAUGUCUGAGCAGGAGCGAAAGCAUGUGGAUGGUUGUGCAAUAUUCUUCAAAACGGAAAAGUUCACAUUGGUGCAGAAGCACACGGUAGAAUUCAACCAAGUGGCAAUGGCAAACUCCGAAGGAUCAGAAGCUAUGUUGAAUCGAGUGAUGACAAAGGACAACAUUGGUGUUGCUGUCGUGUUAGAGGUGCAUAAGGAACUAUUUGGGACAGGGAUGAAGCCUCUCCAUACCGUGGACAACCAGCUGCUUAUUAUAGCAAAUGCCCACAUGCAUUGGGACCCUGAAUAUUCAGAUGUAAAACUUGUCCAGACAAUGAUGUUUGUCUCGGAACUGAAAAGUAUCCUUGAGAAAGCCUCUAGCCGGCCUGGAAGCCCAAUAACAGAUAAGAAUUCCAUCCCUCUGGUGCUGUGUGCAGAUCUUAAUUCACUGCCGGAUUCAGGUGUUGUGGAAUACUUAAGCAACGGAAUAGUAGCUGACAACCAUAAAGAUUUCAAGGAGCUGCGUUACAAUGAGUGUCUCAUGAACUUCAGUGGCAAUGGGAAGAACGGGGCUCCGGAAGGAAGAAUCACACAUGGCUUCCAGCUGAAGAGCGCUUAUGAAAACAACUUGAUGCCUUAUACCAAUUACACCUUUGAUUUCAAAGGUGUGAUUGACUACAUUUUUUAUUCCAACACUCACAUGAACGUGCUUGGUGUCCUGGGGCCUUUGGACCCUCAGUGGCUGGCUGAGAACAACAUCACCGGAUGCCCCCACCCUCACAUCCCUUCAGACCACUUCUCACUGUUGACGCAGCUGGAGCUCCAUCCUCUGUUCCUGCCUCCUGUCAAUGGCAUCCAUUUGGCCAGCAGGCGGUAGUGGGGGCCCUGCCCCUUUUGAGGGCUGGGACCCGUUUGUUUGUUUAUGGACCUGUACAGUUGUAAAUCAAAGUAUGUAGGAGUGAAGUAUGGCCGACCUUUUAAAAGCUGCUGCUUCAAGCUCCUCUCAUUAUAUGUGUUGAUGAUACAAUUUUGCACUCCCCCCCCCCGGUGCAUAUUGGUACCAUUUGGCACUAGGGCUGGAACCAAAGUUUUUGUUUGUUCCCUUUUUCCAGGUUUUUGUUUUUAAGGUAUGCAUAUACAUAUAUAUAUAUAUAUAACCCACACAUUUUAAGCUGGCGGGCUCUUGUUUGUUUCAUUGGGAAGCUGCCUUUGUAAAAGGACGUCAGACAGCAGGGUUUGCAUAUGCUUUCUUUCACAUCUUAGCAAAAUGAGCCAUACCUCUCUUCCCCCAGCCCACUCUGGUUUUUCUUUUUAAAAGCAUCCUGAAAUAGAGUAGGCCUAUUUGAUGUUUCGGUCCUGUUGGGAAAAGUUUGUUAACUGGAGAUAGCACUUGCCGUUGUAAAUUAUUUGUAGCACAGACUGCUCUCUUAUCUCUACUGAAAUGUUAAGUUAAUUUAGAAAGCCAAAGGUGGUGCAAGACGCAAGACUUCCUGCCACAGAAAAAAAUAUAUUGUGCUGUUCCAGUAGAGAAUUUGCCUGGGAGCAUCUAAUUGCAUAUACCUGGGUCCACUUCUUUGUGAUAAUCUUCAUUCCUGAUCAGUAGGAGUUUGCAUCCUGUCCAAGCCCAUGAAAGCAAAUGGGGCUUGUGUGUAACCCAGUGAGCUCUGUGCAUUGCUGUAGAAGGGACAAGUCUAGCUGAUGAUGGGGAAGCUCCAGGUGCCAUCAUAAGGCACAACUGCUGGCUUGUAGCUGUGGAUUCUUACCAAAAGAGAACCAUCUCCCUUGCAAAAAAAUUAUGAAGGAUGCCAGCAUAAUGGAUGGGAUCAGUUUGACAGUAACCAGCAGAGCAACACUGGCAAUUCAACAGACCACUGUGGGGAACAGACACUGCAUUAACUGGAGGAGAAAUUGGAAUUGUCAGCAGUUUCCGGGAGGCGGGUACAGGGUCCUCCAUUAAAAAUCUGCGGCUAGAAUUCUUAGGUUUGAUUUUCACAAAGUGAAAAUGUGUUUCAACCCAAUCCACUGGUCCCUUUUUUGUUGUACCUUUUCCAUCGUCCUCCCCUUCCCCCAGAAAACCUUUAGGAUUAUUCAGCUGAGAAGAGCAGGUGAGGAAAUGCUUCCCAAAGCCAUCUUGUAACUGCCUCCUCUGUGCGUGAGAGCUGGCUUUCCUGGGUGCCCUUUUCCCACGUGAAGGUGAUAAAGUGUUGGCCAUCAUCAGUCCUCAGAUUCAUCUUCUUCCUGACCUAGUCGCCAAAUAGUCAUCCUGUGCUUUUAAUUGCCCUUAUUUGGUUUUGUUUUCUAUCAAGGUUUCUUUUUAAGCUGCUGGUUCAUUCCCAACAGUUAAUUGCUCCCUUUAAGGUGUACUUGGAAACUUUUCUUCUGCUUUCCUUCCCCCACCCUCUUCCUGGUGGCCAUUUAAAAAAAAAAAAAGCUUUUUGCCUUGAAAGAGCAGAAAAACCAUACAUGCCAUCUCUUUAGAAAGCCGUGGCUGCAGUUUGCUCAGAGGAGCUGUCAAGCAGCCUCUGUUCAUUUCAGUGGAGCUUGUGCAAUGUUUCAUACAUACAGCCUGUUAGAAUGAACGGACGUUGCUUCAGCAAAGCCUCUUGAGCGGAUUGAGCCCGACUCUGCGUUUCAAACAGCAAAAAGUCCAAUCGACAAGGAAAAGUUGUGUCUGUGUUCCUUUAAGUUUUUCUGUAUUCUGCUUCUUUGCUGCUAUAUACGAUUCCUUGAGCUUAUAUUUUAAACUUUUCAUGCACUUUACUGUUUCUAGUCUCAAAAUGUGAUAUUUUUAAUAAAUGAGAUUUUUUUCCAUUAUGUGAAUGAAAAUUUUUAAAGAGCUUAUAUCUGUCUCAUUCAUACACUUAAAAAGGAAGAAUUAAAAAAAAAAAGCGAAACAGCUGAAUCGGUCUGAACAAAACAGCUGAACAAAACAUAUACCUUAAGUUAAUUUCUACCCACCCACCCACACUCACUUUGCUAGCUACGGUAUGUAUAGAAUGGCAAAGGAAAUUUGGAAUCGGGCUAAAGAAGGAAACACUGCCUCAUUUUUGUGCAUGACUAUAGGGUUCAGAGGAAGGAGUUGCUUCGGCGACGACCACAAUUUGCUCUCGGAAGUGCCUACAGUCGACAGUUCCUCAGCGACUGGAACUGGUUGUAUUUAUUUGAAACUUUCAGGAUGGAACUAUACAUUAGGCAACAAAUGCAGGGCGGCUGCUGCUCAAAAGGGCAGCCUCAGGUCAAAUUUUCCCUCUGUGCUUGCCAACCUUUCACAUCACAUCAUUGAUUCUCCCCCAUUGGGAAUGGGGAAACACGAAACGUCAGGACAGCAGCAAAGAAGGUUGAUUGCAUUGGAUUUGGAAGGGAUUUGACACUGAGCUUUUUUUUUUUGACAGCCGUCCUGUGUUUCUUACAACGUGUAGCUCCAUCCAAUGUGUAGAACAGCUUAUAAAGUACGACAAAGUUAUCUCCUUUUCAGAGAGAACAUUUCCCCCUCCCCAAUAUUGAUGCAGGUAUCUCUUCUUAUAUACCUCAAAAGUGUUACUUACACGGCCGUGUAUAUAUGAAUUGAUAACUCAAAUGAAAUAUAGUACUGGAAAGUAGAAUAGCAUGAAAAACUUAAUUUGGUGGACAUUAGCCUUUUCAGUUAUUUUUGUUUUUAUUUUUGUAAGGACCCAUCCGCUGGGAAGUUCUCCUGCUCCAGCCCCACUGAAAUGUGCAAGAGCUGCCCAACUCCCUGUUCAUUUCAGUGGGGCUUGCACAAAACACUUCCCUCCUGGAAUGUGUUCCAAGUCAUCUGCUGUAUCUUCACCUGGGAGGAAUGCACUUAACAAUUUCCCUCCUUUUCAUAUGUGCAUGUUAACUAGCAAUGUGAGCAAUAUUUCCUACCAUACUUCACUCCCAACUAUUUUUUUUGAGAUGUUUGUAUAAAAUGGAGUUUAAAAAACAACAACGCCUGUGAUUGUAUAUGAACUGCAGAGGAGUCGGUUUAUUAAAUAAUUAUUAUUAUUAAUAAUAAAAACCCACCAAUCUUUUGUAAUGUUGUUGGGAGGUUGGGGGUGGGGAAUAAAAUAAAAAUAUUGGGAAACAUUGCAAACAGUUUUAAGUUCCUCUUUUUGUUUAGUUUAGUUGUAAUUAGCAGGUGCAGUCGGGGGUUGAGAUGGCUUUGCUCUGCUCUGUAUCUUAACCUGUGUAACUCUCUUGGUUUUUCUCUCCAUCUUUAAAACAAAAACAAAAAAACACCUGUUUGAAAUGUU